ACUUACGCUCUGAAACAGCGUCUUUAUAUCACCACAUCUCAGCCAAUGCUCUCUUCCCACAUGGUUCUCCCGACUACUAAUGACCGUUUCUUCUCGUUGUCCAUAACAACGAGCACAUGUCUCGGAAUACCGAAGCAAAUCUACUCAUUAUUUUAUAAUAACAUUACUAUUUUCCUACAUUCAACCCCGGAAAUAAGUAUUUACGUCUUCUUCUUUUUGGCAUAACAUUCCAACUGGGGACAAGGCCUGAUUGUCAGUUUGGUGUUAUAUGAGCACUUCUACAGUCAAGGGAGAUUCCAUUACGAAAAGUUUCUGGACCGACCGGGAAUCGAGCCCGUCACUUUUAGCGUCCCAAUGAUUACGUUUCCGACUCGAAACAAAGUUGUUUAUUUAUGAGCCAUCUGUUGCGCUUUAAGAGAAAUUUGUUUGUGCCACAUGGCCUCCAUGGUUACGGACCAACGAUUCUUUUAUUAUGACAACCGGCACCUUUCCUUGCGAGAACCCGUCCCCGAAGCAGAAUUAUAUCGAUAAUCCCCGGAAAGAUGGAUUUCGAGGAAAACCUAGUCAAGCGACAAAACUCCACCGAAUAUUUCGACACCGUAAUUGGCCACAUCGAGGACAUCGUCAUCGGGGAAGAGUUCCAGACCAUGGUGAACCACUUCAUGGAGUGCUACUACCACCUAUUCGACCAGGGCGAGGAGAACAAGAUCGUCUACACGGAGAUAUACCAGAAGUACACCAGCCUGAUCGAGACGUUCAUCGUGGAGAGCCUGAACGACAAGAUGAGCUACUUCGAUAUGGACCGGUUCGCGCUGGAACUGGAGACCAAAAAGUCCCAGCUGGAUGGGGAAAUUUUCGAGCUGCUGUACACGUUGACCGACUUUCUGGCCUUCAAGGACAUGGUGCUGGACUACAAGGCGUUCAAGGAGGGGCUUUAUGACGAUCUGAGCAAGGAUUUUAGCGUGACCAGUCUGAAGCAGAAACAAUGAGGGGGGUCGGUUGGGUGUGUUUAUAUUUAGGGAACUAGGACUACUUAUUGGCAAUAAAAGCGGACAUUUAUUU